AUGACCUCCCUUCGUUCGCUGUUGCUAUACAUAUUGCAGUUUAAAAUAAACAACACGCUCAACUUUACCCUCAUAAGCUACGACCUGUACGGGCACCUGAAGAGCUUCCGCAUAAUGAGGUUGACCGAUUUGAACCUUUGCGAGCGCUACUCGGCCAGCCAGGAGCAAAGGAUCCGGUUCGGGCAGAACUAUGCUCGAAAAUGUCGGGUCAGCUUUCGCCGGCUGGUGGCCGAUUUGGGAAACGAGGUCGAGUUUUAUAACCUCUUUGCGGACUUUUACGAUCAGAAGGCCCGUUUGCUGCGCUCGGUCCCGAUCCUGAUUAGGAAGGCGUUUUCCCACAACGACGAUACCGAUGAUCCGGAACGAUGGCAGCUGGUGAGGCGAUUCUUGAUGGUGGACACCAUCUCGGGGCUGAACGAAAAUUACAAACCUCGGCUCUACGAUGAGGAUGUUUUGCAGGAAAAGUACCACUAUGUUCGGUACGUUAAACGAAUCGAUUUGGACAUCCGGCUGCAUCCGGAGAACGAAAAACAUCCAAAUCGAGUGACGGUUCCUCUGCUGAAGCUGGAAUAUGCAAUCGUCAAUACGUCUAGCGGCUCGUUCGAUUCUUUCCAAGAAGAAGUCGUAGAUUUCGAAUUCCGAAUCACAUUCACCAAAGCAUACAGCUUUGAAUCGUUGCUUGAAAUAGUGCUUCCAAUCUUUAUCCUGUUGGCUUUCACGAUGACGCUCUUCCAAACGUUCUGCCACAAGCUGCGCCAGAACAAGCUCAACUACGACAUGGAGAUAUUUUUCAACUUUCUCGUGUACCUGUGCUCGAAUGUGGCCACGGCACUGCUGGCUGUGACCGUAAUUGUAUCGCUACACGUGCUGGUCACGUACAAAACGCAAACCAAGGACAUUAAAAUGCUGCUUCCGGUUUCGGUGGAGCACUCGCUGGAGAUUUUUAUCUAUCUGACCCUGGCAUUCAAGCUGAUCAAACUGGUGCGAGUGUUCGCGCUGAUGGCCGGCAUUGACAUCUUUUUCAUCGACUGGGAGCGACCGAAAAUUUUCGACGCCGGAAUUGGAGGUCAACGGUCUCAUCUGCUUGAUACCCCGUCGAUUGCGUCCAGUGCGACGAAUCGUCCAUCUUGCGACAGUGUCUCGGCUUGGAGGAACUACUUCAUCGCCAAUGAAUGGCAGGAACUGGCCACCACCCGGAAGAUCUCCAUGUUUGCUCACAUCAUCCUGCUGGUGGUGGUAUUCUAUGUGCUUGGGUUCGAAAAUUGGUCGAUACGAAACUUCGAGCUGUCGUUCCGACAGAGUGAAGAAUUUCUCGGGUCCGAGGAUCGAGUGCUCAAGAUUGCCGUGGGGAUUAUCGUUUAUGCAAGUAUUUACCUAGCUCAACUGAUCUAUAACUUCCUGAUCUACGAACGCUUCAUCGAGAAUGCCAUUCAGCAGUUUAUCGAUGUCGCUUCGCUGGCAAACAUUUCGGUUUUCAUUCUGUGCAUGGAAUCGUACGGAUUCUACAUCCACGGUAGAUCACCGCAUGGCUUUUCGGACACCGACAUGUGUUCGAUGAUUUUGCAGUUCAAACGGGAGGAGGACAAUCUGUGCGGCAAUCGAGGACUUUUGCCGGGAUCGGAACAGCAGACUUACUCCAUACUGGUGCCAAAAAAUCUGAGAGCGUUCUACGAUAAGCUGAUUGCGCCGCUACAAAAUUCGUCCAAUUUUGGACCCCAUCAGCACCUGAAUCAGACCCAUUUGGUGGGUAGCGCAAAGAUGAGCGAUUCCAGAAUAGUGAGCGGCCCUCACGGGCAUUUUGAGUACAAUUUUGAGAAGACGGUCCUGACGUACUACAACGUGAACCGAUUUUUUGCUGCCUUUGUAGAUCAUGCUCUCAAGGAUCUGGACUAUAUUAUUCAGGAACGAUCGAUACUUGAGCGAAUUUUGGACUGCGAGUUCCAGUCCUACGUAACCGAAAACAAAGGAGUAUUCUACAUCGACAAUGGGCACUCGUUCGAUCAGGUCCUAUUCUACGGUAACGAGACCAUCUUUUUCCAGCUGGAGCUGGCUCUAUUCCUGUUGGUGCUGCUUCUUUCCGGCAGCUAUCUGGUGGCGAUUGUGGCCGUCGGAGUGGUCUAUAAAACGUUCGAGCUCGUCAUGAACUUCCUGCUGAAAAAUAACCUGGCCAAAAAGACGCUCAUCGAUAAGCGAUUCCUCAUUUGAAAACAUGUUUCCGUCUGCAGUUUAAAGUGAAAUCUACGAUCGAAGGUUUUUAAGUGAUAUGCCAACAACAAUAAUGAAUUUUGUGAUACAUAUAACACAACGAAGGGUUUCGAAAACGAAUAA